AUGGGUGACUGGAACCUGCUGGGCAGCAUCCUAGAAGAGGUCCAUAUACAUUCCACCAUUGUGGGAAAGAUCUGGCUUACUAUACUCUUCAUCUUUCGCAUGCUUAUUCUGGGAGCAGCUGCUGAGGAUGUAUGGGAUGAUGAGCAGUUAGAGUUUGUCUGCAAUACUGACCAACCAGGCUGUAAGGCAGUCUGCUACGAUCGUGCUUUCCCCAUUUCCCUAAUUCGCUUCUGGGUCUUGCAAGUGAUUUUUGUGUCUGCGCCUUCACUCGUCUACAUGGGCCAUGCUCUUUACUGCAUUCGUUCGUUGGAGAAGGAACGUCACCGACGACGGGCCCAGCUAAAGGAGGAGCUUGAUGAGGUUGAGUUGGCGUUGGAUGAACAAAAGCGGGUGGAAAGAGAGCUGAGGAGAUUGGAAGAGCAGAGGAAGGUGAAGAAGGCACCUCUGAGAGGCUCUCUAUUGAGGACAUACAUCAUCCAUAUCCUUACACGCUCCGUGGUGGAGAUCUGCUUCAUCCUGGGCCAGUAUAUACUAUAUGGUGUCCAGCUGGAGCCUCUCUAUAAGUGUGAGAGACUGCCUUGCCCCAACAGCGUAGACUGUUACAUCUCUAGGCCCACAGAGAAGACGAUAUUUAUGGUCUUCAUGAUUGCCAUCGCUGGUGUCUCACUUUUCCUAAACAUUCUAGAAAUAUCCCACUUAGGUAUCAGGAAAAUCAAACAGGUGUUGUAUGCAGAGAGGUACACAGAAGAUGACAGUUUGAUUUACAAGUCCAAGAGGAAGUCAUCCUUACCACAUCUCUGUGUAACAAGCAAUGUAUCACCUCACGAUGGGCCUUUAACUCAAACCUUCAAAGUGAUUCCAGGGGCGGACCUGAAACCGAGUCAUUACAACAGUGGGCUCAAAGCCAAUCAGGACGCACCAAGACACAACAGCUUGGCUCAUGUGGGGCACAGUCAAACCAUCUAUAUCUAUCCCCAAGCAAGGAAUCCACCAACGUCUGCCCUGAGCUGUGCAAUCCAAGCUCCCCAAACUAGUGAGGGUUCAGAGGACAUUCAUGAGGAAGACCAUCCUCACCCCAGCCAUUUGGAAGCUCUGCUGGCCAGUAGCAACGUCAGGCCCAGAGCUAUUCCAAAUCUUAAUGAAAAUGAAAGAAGGGAGUCAGUGGGGAGCGAGUUCCUGAUCCCCAACACUAGGAAGACUAGCUUUAUGAUCAGGCCGCCAUCUGAGAGCUUGUCGUCCAUGACUGGCUCCACAAGUCCCUCCUUGCAUACAUCAGAAGAGUCCGAUGAACUGGGGUCGUUGCAGGGAGACAUGCCGAUGAUGCCACCAGCCGGAGGCCGAAGAAUGUCAAUGAGUAUGUUUCUGGAUAUCUCCUCAAUCAUGAAGAAGUGAAGAGACAAGGCUAAUGUCAUGGCUGUAAGAGCUGUUGUCCACAACCCAGCUAGGUCACAAA